AUGAGGCUGAUUGAAUUCUUCUGGGUUUUCCCAGUCAUCUCGGCGUCAACAUGGCUAAUUAUGCUUUCAUCCAUGUUGGGCCAUUGGGUCAUGUCGGGGGAGCCUACAUUUGGUAGGAUGAAGCCUGGACAGACUAUUCCGUUCAUUUCCGACAUCGGAGCGCAAGAGCUGAAGCCGCUCUUCAUGAUAGGAAGCUUCAUCACGAUGCUCUUUAUGAAUGUUACGUUCUACCAGUUCGUACAGUAUAAAGAGCAUGUUAACAAUAUCUCCAUGUAUCUUUCAUUCUUUUUCGCUAUCUUUGGGAGCCUCGGCUUGAUCAUGUUGUCGGUGUUUGACAAUCUCGACCAUCUGAUGCUACAUGACAGUUUUGUGGCUGUCUUCAUGACGGGCUACUUGGUCAGUGCAGCUGUAGUAUGCAUUGAUUACUUUUACCUUCGACUGUCGAGUCGCGUGAACAAGCGCAUGCUCAUGGCCAGCUUCGUGAUCAAGUUUACUUUCGUUAUUGUUGAGUUGGCCUUUAUUGUGGCCUUCCGAGUCAUUGCCGCUGGCGGCAAUAUGCAGAAGGAUACUGCAGCCAUCCUUGAAUGGGUUAUUGCAUUUACCUUUACUGGUUAUAUCCUAUCAUUCAUCAUUGAUCUCUUACCAUCGAGUCAAAAACCCUCGGACGAAUAUCACCAGCUGGAGAUGGAUAUGAGUUCUGAUUCAAGGUUGAUGAUUUGA